AUGGAAAAGAAGCCACGUACAUUUGAGAGAAUCCCCGUGUUUAUUGUUGAAGAUCACAACGAUGUCUUGGAAUUUAUCUAUCGGUGCUUGGGGUCACGGCAUUUGCCCUUCGAGGGGAACACCCUGGUACACUUUGAUGCCCAUCCGGAUCUCACGGUUCCCAUGAAAUUGCCCACAGAGGUUGUUUUUGAUCGUGAAAAGCUCCUUUCGUCGCUUAGCAUUGAGAAUUGGAUCAUCCCGAUGUGCUUUGCGGGGCAUGUUGGCAAAAUCUUCUGGAUACGACAAGAGUGGGCACAGCAAAUCCCCUCAGGACGGCAUGACUUUACAAUUGGCGCUAGUCCCUGUGGGCACAUUCGCGUGGACAGUGAGCUUGAGUAUUUUAUCUCUGAGGGAAGUUUCUUGCCAAAGGAAAGCCUGCGGGAUUCGAGAAGCGUUGAAUUUCACGUGGGGACCACUCAGGAGAUUCUCGCGUGUGAUACAAGGCCGCAAAACUUCAUCCUUGACAUUGAUCUCGACUUCUUUAGCACGCAUAAUCCCUUCUUAAAGCUCCACAAUGAGGUGAAUCUUCACGAGAGACUCAGACCAAUUUAUUCCUACAAACUUGACCGGAAUGAUUUGACGGGAACUGUUGCUAAGCGAUUGGAACAAUUGGAUUUUCUCGAGAGGAUCUUUACCCAUUUGCAGGAGAAAAGGAAUCUUGAGGGCUUUGAGGAGAAAGAUCAUCCACUUUAUGAAAUGAUUGAGUCUCUCCAUCGGGAUAUUGAGGGUGCCACGGAGGCUCCAAUUGAUUGGGAAAUCGUCCAUGCAGCUGGUUGCACACUAGACUCAACCCCAUUGCCCCACCAUGAAGCCACAAAAGAUGAACUAAGCAGUUCACUGGAGAUUUUCAAGGAUUUCCUGAAGAAAUUCCCAACUCCCACCAUAAUAACCAUGAGCCGUUCAUCUGAGGAUGAUUACUGCCCUUCAAAUCAAGUUGAUGCCAUUGAAAAGGCCGUCCUGGACAUCCUUAGGGACAUCUACGGUAAUUCCCUCACGGACAAACCUCAAUUCUUCUACAAGGACAACAAAGACUAAUCCAAAUGCCCCAAAAAGCGAUUUCUGUACGCUGAACAAAUAUCGCACGAACGCGAACAAUGGUGGGAUUCCGAGAAGGAACUGUGGGCGUCCUCAUUCAUAAUCCCACGGUGAUUCCUGCACUCGUGCGAACUGAAAGAAAAUCCAAAACAAGGUGGGAGGAUAUUAUGUAAAAAAAAGAUAGAAAAUUAUGUUGUAGGGAAAAGUUUCAACAAUGUUAAAUUUUAUCUCCCUCCAAGUAUUCUAUAAAUAAAAUUUCAUUCAUCCCUCUUGAGGGGAUUUUUCUUACUCUAAAUAAACAGACACAGAAGGAAUAUUGUAGACAAUCUUGUUGUUCAAGAUGUUUGUUUAUUGAAUAAAUGUAGUUAUGUAUGAAAU